AUGCGACACAUUUUCGAGAAUGGAGAUGAUGUUUCCAAAAUUAGGAAAAGUUUGGAAUUGGGCCAAGAAUUUUUGAGUGGAAAUUGGAAUUUUUUGGAGGAAAAGGAUAUCGAAAUUCGAAAAAUAUUGUGAGUUUCAGGGAUUUUUCGAGGUGAAAUUGAUCGAAAAGUAUGAAAUUAUAAAUAAAAAUUUUAAAAUCUAAUUUUCAGAGGCGGACAAUCAAAUUUACUACAUCUGGUUUCCACAAAUAAUCCGAAAAAACUUCGACCUGAUGAACCUGCGAAAUUCCUUGUUCGAAUUCAUUGCCAACCUUUGACAGCUCAACAAAUUGCACAAGAUGUUCUAGUUUUUGCAGUUUUGGCUGAACGUGGUCUCGGACCAAAAAUAUAUGGAUUUUUUGAGGGAGGAAGAUUGGAAGAAUAUUUGGAGAGUCGGACUUUUAAUGAGAGUGAUGUCAGAAUUGAAGAGUUCGUUUUAUUUUCUUUUUUUUUCAUUAAAAACAAAAAAAUCUAUAGAAAUGCUCAUAAAAUUGGUGAAACUUAUCGCAAAUUUCAUUCGCUUCAACUCCCGAUUUCAAAAAAACCUCAAGCAAUUUUAAAAAUGCGAGAAUGGCUUGAAGAUUUCAAAAAUCUUGGAGGCGAAUAUCACGAAGUUAUUCAAAAUCAAGUCGAUUUCCCUGAAGCUCCCAAGAUUCUAACAAUCAAUGAUUUACAAAAUGAAUUGGAUGAAUUUGAAAAAAUGUGCGGGAUUUUUGAGGAUACUGUGGUUUUCAGUCAUAAUGAUUUGGCGGUAAUUAAUUAACAUUUUAAUAAUUUGAACUUAAAAUUGAAAAAAAAAUGAAUUUUCAGGCGAUGAAUAUUUUGGAACUGAAUGAUUCGAAUGAUUUGAUAUUCAUUGAUUUCGAAUAUGCCUCUUAUAAUUGGCGGUGAGUUAAAGGGUUGGUCCUCCGCCAAGGAAUCUUGCUUGGUUUAGAUAAGAAUAAGGUGCUCCUGGAAGGUUCCAGUUUUAGAAAAAAUUCUAAUAUCAAUUAAGCCCAUGUUUUUCCUCAAAAACACAAGCGAGUUAAAACCUACGAAAUAAAGCAUGUAAAUGCGCUCUAGCGCACAACUUGUUUUUGAAUUUUUGUGUGUGUGUUUGCACACAACUUUUAAAAUAACACGGUGACGCCUUUUUGCAGACGAUUUUUUCACCAGGAAAGCACCAACCCUUUAAUUAAUUAAUUAAUUUGAAAAAUAAUUAAUACACUUAAUUUCAGAGGUUUCGAUUUGGGAAUGCAUUUAUCGGAACAUGCAUACGAUUAUCGAACUACAGUACCACCUUUUUAUAUGGUAAAUAAUUAUAAAAAGAUAACCAAAAAAUCGAUUUUGAUACAAAAAUUCAAUUUCUUGAUGUUUCCCAAGCUUUUCCACGUCAUAACUCCCAAAAUGUACAUAUUUGCAGCUUGAUGCUUCAAUGUACGAAAACAAUCCAAAUGUUCGAAUUGUUUGCUCUUCAUAUCUCAAAAAUACCCGUGAUUCAGUCGAAGAUUUGAUCGAAGAAUGUCAAUUCUUCUGGUCACUUUGCAAUAUGUUUUUCGGAAUUUGGUCACUUCGAAAUUAUACGGUGAGACUUUUCUUCUUUUUUCUGUUGAAAUAGUUCAACUUUCGUAGGCAAAAAUCGAUAAUGGUAUAGAUUUACGAUCGAAUGCAAGUGAUCGAUUCGCUUUGUAUUUUCAUAUGAAGAAUAGAUCGAUCGAGAUUUUCGAAAAUAGAAAAAAUUACUAA